AUGUCAGAAUUCAUAAAUGAGAAUCCAACUGUUGUGCAAAAGAACGAGCUUCCUAGGAGGAAGGAGGACGACGUAGAGCUUUGCUUUUCCGGCAAGGGCAGCGAUGAAGCUGCGCUCCAAAGGAGGAAAGCUCUACUGAAAAUUGACCAUUGCCCCCAGUCGCAGGUUCUGCAAGAGUCUGAACUGUUAGACAGACUUCUUUCCAAGUUUACCUCCCCGGAAUCCGAAUGGGACGACAGUGAGACGGCGACAGAGGAGUCCGACGAGCCUGCAGAUAUCAUCGAUGCGCAAGAAAUUUACGAUCUAAUCGCCUAUAUAUCUGAUCCCGAACAUCCACUCUCAUUGGGCCAGCUCUCUGUGGUCAAUUUGGAGGACAUCGAAGUUCGUGAUUCGGGCAACAAAGAUGAGAUGGCCGAAGUGAUAGUAUACAUCACUCCUACGAUCACACAUUGCUCCCUGGCUACCCUUAUUGGACUGGGAAUCAGAGUAAGACUCGACAGAGCUCUGCCGCAACGGUUCAGAGUGACUAUACUGCUGAAGGCGGGCAGUCACCAAAGCGAGAACCAAGUGAACAAGCAGUUAAACGACAAGGAAAGAGUCGCUGCUGCUUGUGAGAAUGAACAGCUUUUAAGUGUAGUCUCCAAGAUGCUGAGUACUUGUCAGUAA